AUGCGAGUUUGGUUUAAAAAACUUCCAGAUGGAGUUAUAAGCUCCGUUCUCGUAAGCGAGGAAAGUCUAGUGGAUGAUUUAAAAGAUGCAAUUACUCAAAAAUUCCCUUUACGGAUCGGGCAACACGUUGAUGCGCCAGAACUAAAUAUUCGCCUUAUUAUUCCAAAAAACGGCGCUAACGAGACUCAAUUUAGAGAUCUUGAGCCAAAUGAUAAUAUGCUAUUGGUCAUGAAUUACUACUUUCCUCACGGUCAAACUAUGGAUGAUGCGCUUUUGGUGAGUGCUCCAACCGUUCCUUUCACACAGGCUCAAUUACAUGGCGGCUCAUUGCCAUCCUCAAGGUCAAACAGCUAUGAAAUAACUACGAACAAUAGCCUAUGUGACCAAUCAUCCGCCUCCCAACUCCCCAACUCAAUAACUGAUUCAAGUUCUCAUUGCAGACAUUCCUCCGUUUCUGAACAUUCAGAAUCUCCUUCUAAUCAUUCUCUCCAUCGAGCACCAAGUAACCCUUAUUUAUACAAGGGGUCCGGUAUGGCAACACCUAAUAGUCGUUCUUUAGGAAGAACUCGUUCAAAUACACUCGUUAAUAAACCCGGAGUUCUACUUUUACCUCGCUAUUCUCGACAACAAAGCAAUACUAGUCGCUCUGGUGUAUUGGAUCAUGCUCCCAAUGAAAGAUCACAUUCUGCAGUCAAUGCCGUUUCCAAGCAGACGUCCAAUUCGUCUGUUGGUUCUGCUGGUACAGUCAAGGAAGAACAAACGAAGCAUCUAGAGACACGUCAGAGUAACGGUGAUUCUUUAUCCGCUAGUCCCAAUUCGUCUCCUUUUCAAAAUACCUUGGUUGACGAUGCUUCGUCUAUGAAUACUCAACAGAAGGUGACCAAUUCCACCGUAGAUGAUGCUUCGGGAAUGACUGUUCCAGAAACGUUGAUCAAACCUACUGAACUACCUCAGUUGAGUUAUUCCGAUAAUCCUGGCGACAGUAUAACCAACUCUCCUGUAAAUAUACUCGGAACGGGCCCCAUGUCUGGCAAAACGACUUUUACCAGUUUGCUUGAAGGUGUCAUUCCUCCCAUUGAGGUUCUAAUUGUUGAAGACAACAUUAUUAAUCAGAAAAUCCUUGAAGCCUUCAUGAAAAAACGUAAUAUUUCUUCUGAAGUUGCUAAAGAUGGUCUGGAAGCUUUAGAAAAGUGGAAAAAGAAAUCUUUUCAUUUAAUUUUAAUGGAUAUCCAACUUCCAACAUUAUCGGGCAUAGAUGUCACCAAAGAGAUUCGACGACUGGAGCGUCUUAAUGCGAUAGGUCUUGUCGCUCAGAAACCUACAGAACCCAUUCCUGAGGAAGAACUUUUACCGCCCGAUAAGUUCCAGUCUCCAGUUAUUAUUGUUGCCUUAACAGCUUCCAGUUUGAUGGCUGAUCGAAAUGAAGCUUUAGCAGCAGGCUGUAAUGAUUUUUUAACGAAGCCAGUGUCAUUGGUAUGGCUCGAAAAGAAGAUUACGGAAUGGGGUUGCAUGCAAGCACUGAUUGACUGGAACAGAUGGCGGCGUUUCCGCGGUCAUUAA